UGUUAACUGCCAUACUAAAAAAUUUAUAAAAUCAAAUCAAAAUAAGAAAAUAAUAUUAGUUAUAUGUUACUGUAAAUAAGUUGGAGAGCGAAAAUGGAAGUGGAAUACGACGAGUCCGGCUGGCAGGGCCGCGCCAAGGGACAGUCAAAUCCGGAGGAAAUGCUCGAGGACAAUCCGCAGAAGACGAUCCAGGAGUGCCUGGAAAAGUUCCUCACACCCGACUACAUCAUGGAGCCGGGAAUAUUCACGCAGCUGAAGCGCUACUUCCAGUCGGGCGGCUCCCCCGAGGAGGUCAUUUCGAUGUUGUCGGAGAACUACAAGGCGGUGGCCCAAAUGGCCAACCUGCUGGCCGAGUGGCUAAUCCUCGCCGGCGUCAAGGUGACCGAGGUGCAGGCGAUGGUGGAGAACCACCUCAAGGAGAUGAUCCUCAAGUCCUUCGAUCCCAAAAAGGCCGACACCAUCUUCACGGAGGAGGGCGAGACGCCCGAUUGGCUAACCGAGAUGAUCGAUCACUACACGUGGCGUUCGCUGAUCUACCGACUGGCCGAGGAGUAUCCCGACUGCCUGAUGCUCAACUUCACGAUCAAGCUGAUCUCGGACGCAGGCUUCCAGAGCGAGAUCACCUCCAUUUCGACGGCCGCGCAGCAGAUAGAGGUCUUCUCGCGGGUGCUCAAGACCUCGAUAGUCAAGUUUCUGAACAAUCCAGACGACGUGCACGGCGCCAUCCAGGAGUGCGCCCGCAUGGUCUGCCACGGCCAGCACACCUACGUCUACUCCCAAGUGCUCAUCCAGGUGCUUAGCCAGGAGCAGAAGGGCGGGUUCAAUAUGAAGCGCCUCUCCCAGGAAAUCAUCAAAUACGCCCUGCAGAACAAUCAAAAUGUGACGCCUAUUACGAUGGCCCUAAAUGGCUCGGCGGUCUAUCCGCAGGCAUGCCAAGCGCUAACCUCCAUGCUCACCCGCAACACACUCAAUCCCGCCGACAUCACCGUCCUGUUCCGCAACUAUUCGGGCUCCGAUCCGCCGCCCAUCGACUUGAUCCGGAACCCCCAGUUCCUGGAGCUCCUCGUGGACGCCCUCUUCCGUUCCGGCGUUAAGAUCAACCCCGAGCACAAGCCGAAGUACAUGUUCCUGCUGGCCUACGCGUCGGCGGUCAUUGACCAGCCGGCCAAGAAGCGGCCGAUGACCGAGCGCAUGCUGAACAAGGAGGAGCUGAAGAGCACCAUUCAGGCUAUAGAGAAGGCGCAUACCAUCUGCAAUGUGGACCAGGGCUCCACUGAGUUGAUCGCUGAAUUGCAGACGCUGUACAAUUGCAUCAAAUAUCCCGUGGUGGGGGUCGGUGUGAUACGGUGGAUCGAGAACGUGGUAAUGGAACCGUCCUACUUUAAGCUCUCCACAGACAGCUGUCCCACGCACCUGGCGGUUCUCGACGAAGUGGCCGCCGUGCAUCCCACGCUGCAGCAGCAGAUCCUGUUUCUGCUCAUCCGCCUGUUCGAGUCCAAGCAGGAUGAGCUAGAGAUUCUCGUGCAAUUGGAGAUGAAGAAGAUGAUCCUGGACCGGAUGGUUAACCUGCUAACACGCGGCUGCGUUGUACCCGUUCUACGGUACAUUAAGCAGUGCUGCGCCAUCGAGGACACAGACAUUUCCCUAAUCCGGUACUUCGUCACCGAGGUGCUGGAGACCAUCACACAUCCGUACUCCCCGGAGUUUGUGCAACUAUUCCUGCCGAUGGUCGAGAACGAGGAGAUCACCGGCACAAUGCGCGGUGAGGGCGACAACGAUCCCGUGAACGAGUUUAUUGGUGAGCAACUGAUGGUCCCCGGCUCUCUUCACUUGCAUCUGACCUUUGUUUGUCAUCUCUUUUAGUUCACUGUAAGGCGCACUACACGACUGUAUAGAAGGUGGCAAUAAGUUUACAAACGUCUUUUGUGCAACAAUUUUUUUUUCUAACACAUUUUUAACAACAAAAACAUACGGAAGCCUCCCGUUAAGAAAAAAGUAAAUUUAAUAUUUCGUAUAUCUAGGUAUAACUAUCCAAAAUUUUAUCAUGAACUCAACUUUAACUGUUAAUUUUUUUAAUUUGCUUGUCAUAUUUUUUUAUAACAUUAAGCUGAAAAGCCGACGGCCCCGAAAAACUUUAAUAUUUGCAAACUUUUUUAUUAUCGUAUAUAAGUUUAAAUUUUGAAGCAAUUACCGAAUUUUGCUUUAAAAAAUCAAUUAUAUAUCGUCGAAUCUUAAAAAAAAUUGUAUAGCUCUUAGGAAAAUUUUACUGUAUAAAUCCGUAGUUCAUAAAACCCAAAUAAAGCUACUGAUACGUUAUUACUACAAAAUAACUGAA